CAAUUUACGCAUUAAAAAUUCCUCUUAAUUUCACUCAGUCACGUGCGUCGGCCACGUGGUCCCACCAUGACAUUUCCAUUUCCCCUGACAGUUCACCAGCAGGCAUCUGUCAAACCCUCUUACGUCAAGCAAACCCGUGAAUCGCAGUCUGUGACUCUCUCAGUUCAAAAUAGAAUUUCUCGAAGCAUGUGUUAAACAGCGAACGAUGCAAGAACCUCGCGAGCACCUGAAAAAUCGCGUUUACUAUGCCGCCAAGGACGGCAUGUCCAUAGCCCUGUACGCCCUCCUGGUGGGCGCCAAGAAGCAAGAAGUCGAAGACAUCCUCAACGAGAAGUUCGCCGAAGACGACGGCCAGGAGUGCACCCCCUUGAUCGUGGCGGCGCGCCAGGGCCACGACAAGGUGAUGAGGAUGCUGCUGGCCAAGUUCAGGCCGGACCUGGAGAAGGAAGGGACGGUCAAGUUCGACGGAUAUGUCAUCGAGGGGGCGAGCGCGCUGUGGUGUGCGGCGUGUGCAGGCCAUCUCAACGUGGUUAAAACCCUCGUGAAAGCCGGCGCCGACGUUAACCACCCUACUAAGUCAAAUUCCACUCCACUAAGGGCAGCAUGUUUCGACGGUCGCCUGGACAUCGUCAAGUACCUGACAUAUCAUCGCGCCGAUAUUAAUAUAGCUAAUAAAUACAACAACACUUGUCUUAUGAUAGCAGCUUACAAGGGACAUUUAGAUGUCGUAAGUUUCCUCCUCGAAAACGGCGCCAACCCCAACGAGAAAGCCCUCUGCGGCGCAACGGCCCUCCAUUUUGCCGCCGAGUGCGGCCAUCUUCCCGUGGUCAGAGAAUUACUCAAAUACGGCGCAACCUUCUCGACGAACGACUCCGGGAUGACGCCCAUCAAAGCCGCCGCCGAGAGGACGCGGGCCGAGGUGGUGGAGUUCCUCGUCGAGCGGCCCGAGAUCAGCAAAGAGGACCAAAUCGAAGCUCUCGAAUUACUAGGCGCGUCGUACGCCAAUGACAAAGAAAACUAUGACGUCGUCAUGGCUUACAAAUACCUACACAGAUCUAUGAAGUUGAGGUACAGCGAGCCCGACACCCCCGUCAAAAAGAAACUCAUCACCCCCAUCCCCGCCUACGAGCACUGGGUCGAAUCUCAAACCGUCUUCGAGCUCGAAUCCAUCCAGCACAACCACAACGCCAUCCACAUGGAGGCCCUCACCAUCCGCGAGCGCAUCCUGGGGACCCAGAACCCCGAGGUGCCGCACCCCGUCAUCUACCGCGGCGCCGUCUUCGCCGACAACGCGCGCUUCGAGCGCUGCCUGGAGCUGUGGCUGCACGCGCUCCGGCUGCGACAACGAAACCACAUCUCCGUCGUCAAGGACCUGCUCAGGUUCGCGCAGGUCUUCUCGCAGAUGCUCCACGUCAACGUGAAGGUCACGUACGAGCACGUGGUGCAGGUGUUGUCGGCGGCGAUCACGGAGCUGGAGCGCAACAAGCACAAACUGGACAAGCCGGGCCCGAAGGACGACCCGGAGACUGUGAUGGAAGAGUUGGAAAGCAAUCUGACGACGACGUUGUACCUGUUGACGAUUCUGACCAAGCUGGUGAAGCAUUGUUCGGAGGAGGAGAAGUUCAACGUGAACAGGAUGGUGUUCACGUUGAACCAGCUGCAGGUCACGCUGAGGGACGGACAGACGCUGUUGCACCUGGCGUGCAACGCGGAGACGCCGGUGGACGACUUCCACACGAACGACGUGUGCAAAUUUCCGUGCGCCGAGACGACCCGGCUGCUCAUCAAGUGCGGCGCCGACGUCAACGCCAUGGACUACGACCGCAACACGCCGCUGCACGUCAUCGUGAAUUACCACAAACCCAUCUCGGACUUCCUCACCCUGCACUCGAUCAUCACGGACCUCACCGAGGCCGGCGCCCACCUCGACUGCGUGAACAAGCGCGGCGAGACCCCGCUGGAGUCGUCAGCCACAGGUAGCGUGGCGGAGAUCAUCCUCAAGACGCAGAUGAAGCUGAGUCUGAAGUGCAUCGCCGCCAACGCCGUCAAGCACCACCGGCUGACGUACCAAGGUCAGGUUCCUGAAGCCCUCGAGUCGUUCAUCGAGCUCCACGGUCCCGGGAUCGUGAAGAAAGCCUAGUCAUUUUAGCCCGGCGUGGAGUUAGGUUAAGCGAGAAUUUAUUUUUGAAACGUGCCAAAUGAUGGUGUUAUUUUUUGAGACUGCUAAAUAGGAUUUUUUAUGUAUGUACAAUGUUUGUUGUCGGGGCGAACGCCCCGGUUUUGUUAUUUUUGUACAAAGUGCUAAUGUUUUUGUUUAGAUUUGCUUGUAAGCUAACCUAUGUGAUGUUACGAAUUCGGAUUUUGUAAAUUGUAUGAUAUUGUAGAUAUGGUGCAUUAUCACUAGAGAUAAAAUAUUUAUAUUUUAUUGUAUUUUUUCUAUUUUUUGAAUAAAUCGAAGUGUGAUAUCUGUUUAA